CUUCCGAACAUCGUUGACAUGCAUCAGUCACGUUAACCAGAAUUUGUCCUAGUCAAAUCAUGAAUUAUGUUUCCUUAAAUGCUUCAAAGUCUCCUCGACAAUCCCAAAUUCUUCAAAAUUAGCAUCUUGCAAUUGACUAACCUGAUCGUGGCAGCUCUCAUCCUCGUCGAUCUCCAAGCAGAUUUCCUGGACGCUAAGCAGGAUCGGACGGCGAUUAUUAUUGACCCACGCCCGUUUCUUCGUCUCCUGCCAGCUCUGCUUCGUGGAUUCGCGACGAGGCAACGACCAAUCCUCUGGAUCCAAAGCGCCUACCCUGGCACCACUCAUGGCACCUGCCCUCCCUUCCCAGCCCUGCCGCCUUCACCGAGCUGCAAGAUUUUUAGUCAUACCUCACUUCAACUCACACAUCUUCUCGCUUCUGUGUCCCGGGGUCUCCCCGUGCAACACUUCCCCCCUCAUCGCAAUCCUAAAACAUCCGCAUCAUGUUUCAAUCGAAAAGUCCUGGUAUUCAGCCUUCACAGAGACUUCACUUGACGGAACACUGCAAUCAUGUUCGAUCACCCACGUGAACAUCGCCGGCGUGACAACCAGUACCUGUGUCGCGGCAACAUCCGUCUACGCUCGACGUCUUGGGGGUACUAGUGUCACUAUUAUCGGUGAUCUUGUCUUCUCACUUAAGCCCGAGACCAGUGAGAAAGCUUUGGAUACGUUGACAGCGGCACCUUACAACGUUUCCCUCUGCAAAACAGAACAAGUACUGGCAAAUAUUGAUACUAAGUCAGGGGUCAAACUUCCAGAACUGUUCUACGUCAAUGGUUCUAUCCCAUCUUGGAGAGUAAUGGUGGCGCUUUCACUGAAGCGUAUCCCAUAUAAGGCCACUCGCCUCCGCGUCAUGACCACUCCAAAGGAAACCCAAAGCGCGAACUUUCGGAUUAUCAAUCCUUGCGGCAAAACUCUGACAUUUGCUGAUGUUGAUGCAACUGUAGUUAUCGACAGUUUGGCGAUCCUGCAAUACCUGGAAGAGUAUUAUUCCACAACGCAGCAUGGAAGCUUGAUGCCAGAGUGUUCUCGGAGGAGAGAAUGACGAAGGAACUGUGUCGGGUGGCGGAGAGCGAGAAUCCACACAAUAUCUAUGAGCCUAUCGAGCUCUUGUACUUGCCUGACUGGGAAC